AUGCGAGAUGGUCACAUAACUGAUGCAGUGCUACCUUGGAACACUGGCAGACCACUUGUACUUAGACUUAAUCGGACGACUACGGGACAAAAUGCUGGUAGAAUUAUCGGCGUUCAAGUCGUAUAA